UAUUCUGAUCAAGAAUAUAUAUACUUUGUGGGGUCUAAAAUGUAUAUAAAUGGAAUGACAAACAUAAUAUACCUUCCAUACUAUGGUGCAGGGUAUAAAAAAUACAAUUUUUGCAAUAUUUUGUGUUCUCCCUAAACAUGUUCCACUGUAUUCUAUGACAGAUACACAACUUCGUCUGAUUUAUUAAUUGUAAAAUCAAGAACAGAACACAUAAUAACCAGUCCACAAUUAAAUAUAAAAUCUAUAAAAAUCAAAUAAGUAAUGGCAAUGGUAUAACAGUAUUAGAAGAGAUUCCGAAAUUACCACAAUGUCGAAAUUAAUCGGAAUUUUAUUCAUAGUUGUAGUUGUGCUGCAGAGAGCCCCGGCGCAGGAAUUUUGUGGCAAAGAACGUCUAAAGGAUUCAAUACGCCGCUGUGCCAUCUCACAUCGGGUGGGUCAAGCGGAAAUCUUGCGUCUCAUCUAUGGCCGUCCCUCACACAGUGGCCGGGAGAAAUGUUUUAGAGCCUGUUCCAUAAUUGAGUGUCGUUUUUUCAACAUCGAUGGAACCCUCAGGCAAGACACUCCCAAUAGGAUUGGCAAUUAUUUGGCCAUUGGAAAUCCCCAGAAGGCUCAACUGGUGCGAAAGUUGGCCAGCAAUUGUUUGAAACAUAUACCACUGUAUGGCAGUGUUUGCGAUACGGCAGAAGCUUUUAUCCAUUGCAUGGUUUCAACUUCGCCCGUUCCUCUAUCCCUAGAUCAGGCUUUGAAUUGAUAUUAAAAACAAAAAAAA